ACUGACCGCUAUUUUGUCCGUUACAUUCUUAAUUUGAAUUUGAAAGGUGAUUUGUGCAUGUGAUGUGUUUUGAAUUGUGUAAUAUGUGGUGGAUACUAAAGCUAGCUGUUCUUUUACAAUGCGUUCAUUCAGUCCGCAUUGUAAACAUGAGGGUCCCUGAAGUGCUGCAGUUUGGUACCAGAGAAGCGAUCACCCUUGACUGUGACUACAUUACUAGCAACGUCACGGGACUCGUUCUCAAGUGGUUCUACAACGGUCGCUCUCAGCCCGUCUACCAAUGGAUACCGCCACAGAAACCACAGGCCUUAGGCAUUCUGAAGGACAAGUUGGAUCUGUCAUUCAAAGUGUCACGGAAUCCGUACACUCAGCACAGAGCACUACGCAUCAGUCAGCCAACUACAGAGCUAACUGGCAACUAUACCUGUGUGGUCUCCACCUUCCUGGCUGAGGAUGAGAAGACAAAACCUAUGACCAUAUUUGUUCCUGAGAAAAGAUUUGACAUGAUAAUGGACAGGCUGAGUGAUGGAUAUUUAAAUAUUAUUUGUUCCGUGGAGGGAGUCUUUCCACAGCCCGAACUCGUUAUUAUGGCUGGAAACAGACCACUGAACGCCAAGUCAACGGUGAACCUUAUUGAUGCUCGAUACACAGCACUUACAAGUGCUGUGGUCAAAAUUGAGCAUCUUCCUCCAACGGUUGAGGUACUUUGUGAUAUGCAAGUGCCUCUUGCUAACUACUACAGCAGAAAAAGAGAUAUAUUUUAUAGAGAUCCACCCAAUACAACAUACAAGCCCACAGGAUCAUCAAAAUCCACGCGAGGUUCAGGUUAUCAGCAUCAAUCAACAACGAUCCUCAUCGCAGUGGCUGUAAUUAUUUUAAAUAUCUCGUGACAAAAACUGCACCGAUUGUAAAAAAGGAAAUAUAGAUAAUACUAUAUUGUCAAGAAGAAUAAUUAUAGUCAUUAUUGGGA